AUGAAGGCAAUCACGAUCGCAAACUGGGGUGCACCAGUCACAUUCACAGCUGAUCAUCCAUCACCACCUGCUCCGUCGUCAGAACAAGUAACGCUCAAAGUUCUAGCCGCUGGUCUUCAUCAACUUGUCCGGGGCCAAGUCACCGGCACGCACUACACAACCAAGACAGCAACCCUCCCAUACGUCCCCGGUGCCGAUGGCGUAGGGAUCACACCUGACGGCCGAACUCUCUAUUUCAACAGCAUUCAAACGGGAGGCGCAUUCGCUGAGAGCAUCACCGUACCGAAAGCCGUAACCACCCCAAUUCCCUCUGGGGCUGACCCGGUUCAAGUCGCCGGGUUGUUGAAUCCCGGCAUGAGUUCGUGGAUGGCACUCAAGACACGAACUGAAGGUCUUCGAUCAGGCUUCACCGUCGUCAUUGUUGGUGUAACCGCCAUCUCUGGCAAGGUCGCUGUUCAUUUUGCCCGGAGCUUAGGUGCAGCGCGUGUCAUUGGCAUUGCCCGAAACCAGAAAGAAUUGGCCGCCAUUGACCUCGAUGAAAGAAUCGUUCUCAAAGACAACCCGGCAGAGACCGACUACUCUUCCUUGGGCGAUGUCGAUGUCAUACUGGAUUAUCUUUAUGGACCCAACAUUCUCGCCUUGCUUCAAGCUCUCAAAUCAUCUGUUCCAACUCAAUUUGUGCAAAUAGGAACAUUGGCAUCGCAAGACAUUGCCUUGCCAGGAGCGAUUCUACGGGAGAAGAACAUCACCUUACGAGGCUCAGGUCCAGGGGCGUGGUCUUUCCCUCAGUUCGGCAAAGAGCUACCUCUGCUUUUAGAGGCAGUGUCCAAACUGCCAGAUAUGGAUCUGAAGCAACGGAAGCUUGAGGAUGCUGAGGCUGCAUGGGCAGCGAAGAGAGACAGGACUGUUUUUGUGCCUUGA